AUGAUUCCUCCUCAAGCCACAGUCCGGCGCAUGCCUGGCCUGCGACCACGGCACAGCAGCGCUCGAUUAAUAUUCUCUCAUCGACCGCCACUCUCUCGACCGCACCCCUUCACCCACAAACCGCAACGACAAUCCUUCGUCUCCCAAACACCCUUUCGCCCACAACUACCAUUCCUCUCGCAAACCCAAGGGAGACUACCUCUCGCAAUCCAUCUCCGACAACAUUUCAUCCGCCUAAUCAACACCAACCGACGGGAGCAGUACAAGCGCGGCCUUUUCCGAGGCUUGAAAAUCGCGCUGACCUCGUAUGCGAUUAUUUUCAUGCUGUAUCUAAUCGACACGGGGAUUUAUCAAGAAGAGAUUGAGCACAGAUGGCCAACGCCACCGGAAUGGAGUUUGAAGAGCCGCUGGGCCUUGAGGUCGGCGAUUGCGCUGCAGCAUCCGAAUGAAUCCGGGCAGGUGGUUACUCAGUGGCACAAUGUCUAUGGGUAUGUCAAGGAGUUGCUGGAGCGGCUGGAAGACCCGAAUAUCGAUGGAAAGGAGAUAAAAGAGCCAGCCGAGGGAGGAAUAUUCAUCGACGGGGUUGGUAGGGCUGGUUUCGAUGUUUCGACGAAAAGCGAGCCCUGGAGAAGAGGAUAUUUCCAGGCUCUGAUGAGCGCAGCCAAAGCAGCCGAAAACCUUGAAGGCUUUAUGACCGAUACAAAGCAACGCGUUACUGCCAAGGCAGAAUAUGUUCAUGGCCCGUCUAAUCCAAACGCGAAAACCCUGCCAGGUCGAACCAACGCGGUCAUGCACGAGGAGGACUGCAUUCCCGCUGCGCCGCCGGCGGAGACUUUUUACAUGAAGAUUCUGACGACAACUGGGUUUACGGCAAAACAGAAAAUCGACGCGGCUCUCGCCUACGCCGAUUAUUUGGACUUCAAGGGACUGGGCGCCACAGCGGGAGAUAUGUAUACUUGGGCUAUGGACAUUGCUGCAUCGGGGCUGCCAUACGAUGCUGCUCGGGUGGUUGAUACAACGACUGGCGUGUUGAAAAAUAAUGGCAAGGACGCUGCAUCGGAUAAUCUGCUACGAGUGUCUACCGCUCUCGCCGUGCACAACGCAAAGAUUGGCGAUCUGUCAACCGCGCUGGCUAUUUUCACAUCCGUCCUAAAAGCUCGCCGCAGCUUACCGGGUUCUGCUCCACCAAAGCCGUCACAAUCGAACUUGGAACGGGGCAACCUGCCCUUUGAUAACUUUGUGCAGAAGAUCAAGAACAUGUUUGUACCUUCUGUAUACCCGUCCGAUCCGUCGGACGGUAAUGCACCACCAGUCCGGCAGCUCGGAUCUCCCUGCGAGGAAGCCGGGUUGAUGACAUAUAUCGGCGAGAUCCUCUACGCGACAUCAUCACGAGAGACCGGGCUCGCCUGGACGCGCGACGCGGUUGACAUUGCCGAAUCCGAGCUACUCGACAUUGCGCGCCAGACAGAAACCCUCGACACGCGCGAUCGAUGCUCGCAAUGCCUCAAAGUAGGUGUCCAGAACUGGCGCACCAUGGUGCACAAUCUCAUCACCAGCGCUCGUGCGGCAGAAGAAGAAGCUGUCGCGCAGUCGGGUAAGGCGUGGUUUGGCGGUGCCAGCAAGGCAGCAAAGAAAACAUCGGAGCGCAAGCGAUGGGAGGCUGAAGAGAUGAUUAUCGACGACCGGUCUGAGCGGAUGCUGCGGUUGACGAAUGAUUAUAGCGUGUAUAAGCCGCGGGGAGGGUUGUUUUCAUAG